AAAUCUGGUUUUGCGGAAACGCUUUUAACCGUUUUGUUGUCCUUUUAGAACAACCCUUUGUUGACUUGGGCCCACAAAGGGACCAAAAUGGUAAAGACAAGACACAGUGGUGAUAUUGAUGUCGAAUCGCCACCCAAAUUUUUAUCACUCAGCAAUGAGAAAAACCGCCAUUCGACACGCAGCGGUGAUGUAAGACAUUUUAUAUCUUGCCAGUCAUUAACUCACCAUAAUCCUGCUAAAAAUCAAUCCAGUCCAAUCGACCAAUGGAAGCAAUGAGCAAUCAUGCAAUGUGACAAAAUUUUUCAAUAUCAUAUAUAUAAAUAUGGUGCAUAUUUAUAUGCAUAGUAUAGGCCAUAAUUCUAAAUAUAAUGCAUGCAAACCGCAAAAUGAUAAGUCAGUGUGAUCAAACUAAUUUAUGCUUUUAGAAGGCCUUUUUUUUUAACUUUGCAGAGGCACAUGUGUGGAUGAUUAUAAUUGAAAUGAUAAUCAUAUAAAUAUAGGCUAAUAUAACAAAAUGUCAUAAUGAUUUUAAUAAUCAGAUAGGUUGUUGUUUUUUUUAAAAACACUUGAAAAUGUUGAAAUAGAAUGCACCUUUAAUCCUUCUGGAAUGAAAAUGUAGGCUAUGGCCUCAUGCCUAAAAUAAGUAAAAACAGGCUAGCCUAAGCCUAAUUGCCUGCCUAAUACUAAUAAAUAAUCUGCAAUUAGUUUCUUAUUCUUCUUUAUUCCAUUCUACCAAGUACGCAUUGCAGUGAGGUAUAUAGUUUUUGAUCAGCCAAAAGUUGUGAGGCCUACUGCUGAAGACUCACUUGUCACUUUGUGGACUUUUAGUAAUUGCGGGCCUAUAAUAAAUUCCGAGAAAGCGGCCCAAGUCUAUUUCCAUGGCCGCCAUCUUGGUUGCCUCGACCCGCGCACUUUUACGUGUGCACGGGUCGAGGAAACCAAGAUGGCGGCCAUGAAAAAAUAAAAUAAUUCACGUUUGCUAAAAUUUGGAAGAAAAAUUUAUGAAAAAAUUGUCGGAAAUCGAUCCCUAUGCCUAACCCUAACCCUAAAUCUAUGCCUAACCCUAAAUCGAUCCCUAUGCCUAACCCUAAAUUGAUCCCUAACCCUAAAUCGAUCCCUAUGCCUAACCCUAAAUCAAUCCCUAUGCCUAACCCUAACCCUAAAUCUAUCCCUAAGCAUAACCUGAACCCUAAAAACUAGCCGUAAAUCCACAAGCGAAAACACAUGGAAUUUCAGACUUUGGGAAGAAAACUAUAAAAAUUAACGAAAAACAAUAAAAAAGGGCCCCAAAUAAUUAUAAACUGAAGAAAUAAUGAAAAUCCAACUUUCAGUUUCAUGAAAUACACUUUUACACACUUUAUUUCAGUUUCCAAGGAAAAUAUAGCCACAAAAUGAAUAACUCUCCACACCCCACAGGCACUCCAAAGAUCUCAAACAUGGCGGAACAAAAGAAAUAUGAUAAUGAGCCAACCAAUGAAAAUUUUACAAUUAUAAUUAAUCAACCAAUAGAAUUUUAAUUAAAAUUGAAAAUGUAACUCUUUUAACAAAAAAAUUUAAAAAAUAAAGGGAGUGAAUCCAAAACAAAGUCGUUGUGGGCCGCUAAAUCUGAAAUAGCCGAUCCUUUACAUCAGAGCUGUCAUGUGACUUUUGAAGGCUCCUUGCCACUUUUGGUUUUGUGCCUACUGCAUUCAGAGUAGAUAGUUGGCUGUUUACAUACAACUACCAUGGGCCUCUUAAAUAUAAGAGAAUAAGAGGCCUCCUGCAGACAUUGGGAGUUGUUUAGGGCCAACAGUUAUCCAUAUCAUAUCCCUUAACAAUAUUCUCUGAUUGACCUGCCCAAUCAUGUCACGUAAAGAAUAUGAUGUGCACAAUAUAGGCUUAACUAUAGGAAACUUAAAGCCUCAGCUUAAACCUUUUAAUUUUCUUACUACUUGCUACCAUGAUUAAAACGAAAUAGCAUGCAGUGACAGAACUGGCUACAAGUUUACUUUUUAAAAUCAUUAUUACAUUGUACACAAAAGUGCAACUGCAUGCUUAACAAGUAGGCCGUCACCUAAACAAUACCUAUCCAGAUAAAUUUGGUUUACUGUUUAGUCAUCAAGCAAGCAGUACAAAGAAUAGAAUGUAAAUGCCAUGAUAAUAUUAAAGCUAUUGAUCUUAUUCUAUAUUUUGAGGGCCCACUAUCAAAUUAUUGAUCAUUCAUUUGAUGAGUUUCCUACCCCCAGAUUGCUUAAGUUUAGCCAGGGCUCAUUUGUAAUGUGUUAAAAAAAAGCUCCUGUGCUAUGUUUUUGUUAGGAACAUAUAUAAAAUUCACAUUAAUAAUUUUUUAUGAGAUUCCAACUGUUAUUUUCAAAAAGCCAAUUUAAGUUUAAAAACAAUUUUAAUGAUAUUUUUACUUAAAAUAAUAAUUUUUUUUUAAAUUAUUUUUAAAUAAUUAAAAUAUUACUUUUAUUUUCCAGGCUCUAGCUAGUGGUGAUGACAGAAAUGUCUCUAAAACAUACAGAGAGGACAGAGAUGCAUAUAAUAUUUUUAAUGAGAAAGUGGUAGAGUCACGAUUGAGACCUCGUAUUGGCCCAAGGUAUAAAUUAUGGAUCUACUUAGGUUUUGAACUUAAUCGCUUAAUUCAAGCUUCUGUAAAGAAAAAAAAAUAUAAGAACCAAUUUUCUAUAGAUGUUUUACUUCAUAAAAUUGAUAUCUUAAAAAUACACUCUGUAUUACAGGAGAGCAUACAACUAUCUUGAUGUUGAAUCAUCAGAUGAAGGUAAAAAUGUUUAAUAGUAAAUUAUUGUUUUGUUUAAAUAGACUGUAUUUUGCUAGGAUUUAUUUAUUUAUUUAUUUAUUUAUUUAGGCAUUUUUAUACAUUAAAACAUGUAAACUAAGUAAAUAAUCAAUCAAUUUCCUGAAUUUUUCUGUUUUUCUUACAGUCUGUUUCUUUUUCUAGAAUCUAGUUUUAAAUUCACAGAUUCACUAAGACGACAAACACAUCAUUCUAAAGAUUUUUCAUCAAGGCAACAAAUGUCGAGCUUCACUAGAUCAAAUAGAAUAAAACACGAGAUAGGGACUAAACAUAGAAACAAGCCUAGAGACAGAUCACGGAGAGCUUCAUCGCACGAAGAUCAAGAACAGUCAAUACCAGAAGACGGCGAAGACAAUAGCCCAAAUACAAGAACUAAAAAAUCUCAAAGUUGUGAACUUAUUUCGGACAAGAUAACUGGAAGCAGGACUGCAAGACGAGGCAGGCCAACUCAAAAGCAUCAGCACUCUGACAGUGAUGAAGAUGAUGACGAGGAAGAGGAGGAGGAAGAUGAUGAUGAAAUUGAUGAAAGCAGACGCCCAAGGAAUUCCAGGAGGCAGCAUGAUGCAUCAGAAGAUGAAGGGGAUGAGACUGAUACUUUAAUACGCCGAAGUUCACGUACCAAACGUCAGGUAGUUCAGCUCUGUUUAUUGUUUACUCUGUAUGUAAAUAAAAUAACUUUUUGGGGGGAAAUGAUUGCAAAAUUGAUAAAUUUAUUAUGUUAAUUUCGAUAAAAGUUCUGGCCAUUGAUAUUUUGUAUAUAUAGUAAUCACAGGCCUUCCAGUCACGGUACAACUAAGUAUUAUUAAAGCUAACCUUAUAUGUUAUAUUGACACAAAUUGUUGGUGUCUAUUUAAUCUACAACUAAUAUUGUCACCUGUGUAGCUACAAUCUUUUGGCACCCUUGACCUAUGUGAACCUUGUCUAGCAUAUUCUUAAACCAGGGUUCCUCAAUCUCCAGCCCGCCAGGGGCUAAACCGUGCCUGUUGUAGGGGUACCAGAGUAUCAGGGACAAAUAUAGAACUAGACGUUGACCAUCUCAUUAAGCAAAAGCAGGCCCACUCUUCCCAUUGAAAUACUAAUUAUUUUAUCUUGAUUUAAAACUGUACUUCAUUUUAAAUAUGGUAUUGAUCGUUUUAUUUUAGCACUUACACAUUUCAUUUUUUUUUUUCCCCCGACUACAAAUAAGAACAUGUAGUGUGCAUAGGAAUUAGUUAUAUUUUUUCAAAUUUUAGUCCCACCCAGACAGUAAGAGUAUCUGAGGGGCAGUGAACCAGCCCCCUGUUUAAAAAGUUGAGGACCCCUGUUCUAAAAAAACAUCAGUCACUGCUUAAGUUCAUUUGUGACAUUUGAUUUUUUUAUUUUUUUUGUACAGUAACUAACAAUAAAUUCCACAAAAAACAAAAGUUUUAAAAAAACAAAAACAUCAUUGAUAUGCCCCAAAGGUUUAGAAGAAUAAUUUCAUUUUAUUUUUAAAAAUUUAAUUCUUACCUUUAUAAUAUGCAGGUCUAUGACACACUCAACCAAUCUUAUCUUGUAAGACGACCUGGUCAGAAGACAUGUGCAUCAGAGGAGGGUGAUCAAUCUGACAAUAAGGAUCAGGAAGAUAGUGAAGAUAACAAGGUAAUAACUAUCGACCAUUAAAAACAAGUUCAUAGUCAAAAACUGUAUUUAUUUAACUUUGACGAUAACACACCCCCCGGAAACCUGGGUGUCCUGUCUUCAAGUAAUUUUUUUACAUACGCAAAAGGUUUUAAACUCAAUAGUAAAAAAAAUCAGCAGCGGGACAUUUAAAAAUAAUUUUGAGAGCCGAAUUUCUUUUCAAGAAUCUAUCACGGAGUCAAAACCGAUUUGAGGCUGACUGGCUGAGCCGCACUCUGGUCGCCAAAGCGCUGGAUGAGCUGGAUUUGCCGACCACUCGUUUAGGCCAGCAUGUCUACCUUAAGAGAUAAACAUUAAAGAUCAUAUCUCUUGAAAAUGAACUAACUACUUGCUAUCUACAUGGCUAAACCAUGAAUUCAAAAUCUAGUAUAGUGCAAUCAGUCCUUACACUACAACUACAAUAGGAGUUGAGAUCUAUCAUUUCUCUAUACUAUUUACAAAUGUCAUGAAUAAAAACAUUAACAUUUCCAUUAUUUAGGUAUUUUCUGACAUGUACAGCCGUGUUAAGAGAAAGAGAGUACAAGUGAAACGUAAUAUGUAUGGAGUGCCUAUUAAUAGUGACUCGGACUCAGAGCAUGGUAAGACGUGUAACAUUUUAUGAAAGGGAGUGGGGUGUAAUAUUUUGUUUCAAAAUUGGGAUACAAAGAUUUUCUGUUAUAACUUGAACUUUUUUAUCUUUAAAUAACCUGUUUCCCUUUUAAAUUUCUUGAUCGUUGCAGAUAAACAUAGCCGAAAUAAAAAUAACAAUAAAAUUGAAGAUGAUGAAGAUUCUCAAGGCAACAGUGAUGACAAUUUUGUUGGUGAUGAUAUAGAAAACCAAGCUGACAGCAAGAGAGUUACAAGGCGAAAAAUGAAAAAGAAAGAGCCUACAGUGGUCAAAUCGUAUUCCUUAAGAGAGCAUAAGCCUCGCACUAAUUUAUAUAAAGCUCCAGUUGAAGGUAAAUAGCUUAGUAAUCAUAUGUGCAAUAUAAGAUAAAAUAAUUAACAAUCCUUGUUCAUAUAUUAUUUAAAUUAUAUUAUGUAGUUUAAUUUUGUUUCACCAGAACGACGUAUCAGGAGAAUUCACUCUAUCUUUGCUGUCACUCCUACCAAAAAGGGUGCAAAUCAGAC